UGUGGGCACACAGCACCGACUGAGAGGUUUAGAGAGAGCCAAAACCAUACUACCACUUCUGCCACAGAAGCUAAGUCAAUACAGACUUCCGAGCCUGAAGAUGCCGCUUUCAACCAGCUCCACAUCCUCCACAAAGAGCGUCCGCAGAGCAGCGUCCGAGCUGGAGAGAUCUGAUUCCAUCACGAUAUGUCGUAAGGUUUACCUUGAUUGCAUUGCCGAUCUAAUGCGCAUUUGGAGAUGUAAAGCGCACCCAUCAAAUAUCAAGGGAGACAUCCAAAAAUCUCCAAGAUUCGUCGGUAGACGGCAGAGCUUGAUCGAGGACGCGCGCAAGGAGAGGGAAGCAGCCGCUGCAGCGGCAGAGGCUGCAGAGGCCAGUGAACAGAUAGUGUUUGAGGAGGACGAUGGAAAAGCACUCCUCAACAUUUUCUUUACUUUAAGAAACUCCAAGACACCUGCGCUGUCGCGGACACUCAAGGUUUUCGAGACAUUUGAAGCUAAGAUUCACCAUCUGGAGACGCGACCAUGCCGGAAGGUCAAAGACACCCUGGAGGGCUUGGAGUACUUUGUCCGCUGUGAGGUGCACCUCUCAGAUGUCAGUACCCUGAUCAGCUCCAUAAAGAGGAACGCAGAGGAUGUCAAAACCACCAAAGAAGUCAAAUUCCACUGGUUCCCAAAGAAAAUUGCAGAUUUGGAUAGGUGUCAUCAUCUGGUCACCAAAUUUGAUCCAGACUUAGACCAUGACCAUCCAGGCUACACAGAUCCUGCCUACAGACAGAGGAGGAGAAUGAUUGGUGACAUUGCCUUCAGAUACAGAUAUGGGCACUCGAUCCCCAGAGUGGAAUACACAGAGGAGGAGAUUGGCACAUGGCGAGAAGUAUAUUCAACCCUGAGGGACUUGUACACCACCCAUGCCUGCAGUGAAUACCUUGAGGCUUUUUGUCUCCUAGAAAGGCAUUGUGGGUACAGCCCAGACAACAUUCCCCAGCUGGAAGAUGUGUCACGCUUCCUCAAAGAGCGCACAGGAUUUGCGCUGCGUCCAGUGGCGGGCCUGCUCUCAGCCAGAGAUUUUCUGGCCAGUUUGGCAUUCCGAGUGUUCCAGUGCACCCAGUACAUCCGACAUGCUUCCUCCCCCAUGCACUCCCCAGAACCUGACUGCGUCCAUGAAUUACUGGGCCACGUACCCAUGCUGGCUGAUCGCACUUUUGCCCAGUUUUCACAGAACCUUGGUUUGGCUUCACUGGGGGCAUCGGAUGAAGAUAUUGAGAAACUGUCCACACUGUACUGGUUCACGGUCGAGUAUGGCUUAUGUAAACAAAAUGGUGAGGUGAGGGCUUAUGGAGCUGGGCUGCUUUCCUCUUAUGGUGAACUUGUGCACUCUCUGUCUGAUGAACCAGAGACAAGAGAGUUUGAUCCAGAGGCUGCAGCAGUGCAGCCCUAUCAAGACCAGACAUACCAGCCUGUUUACUUUAUUUCUGAGAGUUUUUCAGAUGCCAAGGAGAAAUUCAGGGCUUAUGUAGCUGGCAUCAAGCGUCCCUUCUCAGUCAGAUUUGAUCCAUAUACCAGCAGUGUUGAAGUACUGGACAACCCAGUGAAGAUCCAAGGAGGCCUGGAAGGUGUAAAGGAUGAGCUUAAAGUGCUGACAGACGCCCUAAGUGUGCUAUCGUGAUGAUGCGCUGUCUUUCACCAUCCGCCUGUUGUUUGCUUUUCUCUCAGCUGAGUCCUGUUGAAGAUUGCCAAUGUGUUCAUAUUUCUGUGCCGUACCUGCUGCUAUGAAUCUGAGUUUUGCUCGUUGUGGUUGGCUGGUUUUCCAGCAAGGUUGCAACCAUUAAAACCUCAAAACUCAGCGCUGACAAAGUAUCCAAAGAUCUUAAAUGCUUGCAUUUGUGAAAUGAUGGGGUUUUACUGACUGGACCAUUCAUGCUUUUAAAGUUUGUUGUUUGAGAAAUGUGUCAAAUCUAGAGUCACAUCAAGGGGAACUCUAAUAAUGAAUGUAUUAAAAGAAGACUAUAUAAGUAUGGUAUAGAUAUUUUGAAAUUAAAGAAUUAUAAUGGUGUAUAUUUGGAUCGUUUAUUUUAUUUAGAAAAAAAUCUGUAACUGCUCUGUCAAAAGCUUUAUUUUCCAAAUAUGUGAAUUUAGCAUUUGAGUAAUUAAAUCCAUGGCUUUCAUAUGCUGUUCUUGUCUUGCAUUGUGUAUUUUAUGCUGGUUUCGUCUUGCAGUGUAAAUGCAUAAUAAAAAGGGGGAGGGGAGAAUCUAUGUAAUAAACUAUUGAUUAUAAACUGUCAGAUAAUAAAGAACUGCAA